AUGUCCGGCUCAACGUCUCGAGACUCCUCUCAAUACUUCUUUGCCGGCUCAAUCCCAACGUACAACAAAGUGACGAGAAAGUCCACCAAUCACUUAGGCAUCUACAGCGGCCUACCCGUCGACAUCUACACUGUCGUCUACGACCCGGAUGAACCCAGAGACGUGCUCCCGCUCGUCUACGCCAAGGAUCUCUCUUUGAACGUCACCAGGUGGAAUGGCUCCCGCAUGGGCCUUUCAGGAGGUAGCUUCCUGCUUACCGACGGCGAUAUACUCGAUUUCAGCCACGAGACUCAGCUCGUGUUCAACCAUCCCGGCCACAGCGCCCAGGAUACUGGCCCUGAUGUGGAACAAAUGGCGGCGAUGUCGCUUAUGAGCUGCGAGUUAAAGUUCACCAGCCGGAAGCUGGGGCCUGGGGGGUACGGCACAAUCUACAUGGUCUACCGACGAGACAACGGACGCCAACUUGCAUGCAAGGUACAAGGCAUCCGGCCGAUGAGGAAAGGAAUUACCAUGACAAUAAAAGAGGAAUUCGAGAGCAAACAGUGCCUUGCGCUAGAAGAUUGCGAUUCUGCCGUUCAACAAACGUUUCAAGAUGAGGUUAAGAAGAGACUGGAUCAGAAAUUGGAGGUCAUGCGGCAGGAGGCUUUGAUUUUGAAGGAUCUUUGCCAUCCCAGUAUUAUCAGCCUUCAAAAGUUCGCGUAUUCAAACAAUAACUUGUGA